CCGCAAGACUACUGCACCAACACGGACAUGUUUCUCCGACGCACUUGUGCGAAGACGCAACGAUUGAAAUGGCUGUUACACUUCACACGGAUCUAGGAGACAUUAAAAUUGAAUUGUUUUGUGAGCGGACACCGAGAGCAUGUGAGAAUUAUCUUGCCUUGUGUGCCAGUGGGUUCUACAACGGCUGCAUCUUCCACCGAAAUAUUAAAGGUUUCAUGGUUCAAACUGGAGAUCCUACAGGCACAGGCAAAGGAGGAACAAGUAUAUGGGGUCGCAAAUUUGAAGACGAGUACAGUGAACACCUAAAACAUAAUGUCAGAGGAGUGGUGUCAAUGGCGAACAAUGGCCCCAACACAAACGGCUCCCAGUUCUUCUUCACAUACGCCAAACAGCCCCAUCUGGACAUGAAGUACACAGUGUUUGGAAAGAUUAUCGAUGGCCUGGAAACACUGGACGAACUGGAGAAGCUGCCUGUCAAUGAAAAGACGUUCCGACCACUGACUGAAACCAGAAUAAAGGAUGUGACCAUUCACGCCAACCCUUUUGCUGUAUAGAUAGCUUUCUCCUCAAAUAUGUGGAUGGGCCUUUAACACACACUCUGAUAUUGCCAAUAAGCCUGUUGAUACACUGUAUAGUACCUUGUUAGUUAAUUUGGAUAACUUGUCAGAGAGAGAAAGCCCCUAGACAUCAAAAACGAACAGGGCACUGACGCUGAAACUGUAGGAAGCUUAUUUGUCUGAACAAAAGUUUGUUUUAUACCAACAUUUUCCAAAGUGUGACCCAGAAUUUCAAUGUAAUUUGAGUUCAAAAACUUUUAAGAAAUGGUGU